AGAAGAGGGUAUGUUAGGGAGAUUUUGUUUCAGUCUAUUGGUGUUACAAACCCUCUGCUAUCUACAAGUUUCAGCUCAAAAUGACCCCGAAACAUCCGUUGAGGAUGAAGAAAUUGCCGAAAUUGGUGAUCCACCACUCCUAAAUAACUUUAAUGAUAUAUCGGUCCCUUUAGUGCCAGUUGAGUUCGAAAUCGCCAGAGCGGGGUAUAUUCCCUCUGAGGUGCUUGUAGCCCAGGGGAGGGCUGAACUGCACUGUGAGGGAGCCAAGGAGAUUAAAAGCAGGAUAUUCUGGACCAAGAAUGGGGUCAGGCAAGAAAAUGCACAGUUCUAUGAUGUAGACACGGAGUCUACAGUUACCAGUGUUUACAAGCUUGUGGACGCAGACGAAGCAAGAUACGGUUGUAACGGACAAUACUUAUACCUGGUGAAGGAAAGGCCUGAGGAGGAAGCACAGGAAGCAUCCAUCUGGCAGAACAGCAAAGUAAUCUGCAUCGACAAAGUUGUAAGGGAAGAAACUAAAAUAUUGGAGAAAAUGACAGGACCUUACAAAAGUUCCAUAUUCUACAUGGUCGGCCGACAGCAGGCCAUAUAUCCAAUCAAAGAAAGAAAGAUAACUGCAGAUUCUGUCUUCAUGUGUAACAACACGAACCACUUUACUUUCAUCUCGGAGACACGACCACAGACCACCGUAGAGUUCAAGGGAAAGAAGGUGGUCUGCACCAACUCAGACACGCAAGGAAGAUGCGCACUCACUAUCUUCUUUAAAGAUAAGAAAGUUGCUGAAGGUCUUUCCCCCGUACUUGAACAUCCGUAUGGAAAGAUAAACAUCCAACAAGUACGAUGUGAAGCAGCCUGUCAAAUCGGAGAAGAUUUCAUAACCCUACCAGUCACAGACAUGGAGAUCAACAGAACCCUCUACAUAAUGGUGAUCUUCUGUAUCAUCCUCAUCAUCCUCAUCAUCAUCAUCAUUCUUUGCUGUGUCCUUUGGCACAAGUUCGGAUUCAAAGAAAAGUACGGCUAUCAGAUCAACAUGCGGUUGAAAAAGAACUUUGCGGUAGAUACCAACAAGCUGAGCAGUUACCGGUUAUCAGGUGUGCAGGCGGAUGUUCCUAUUGAAGAGGUAGAUGGUGAUGAUGCUGAUGUCAAGGAGUUUAGAGAUAUGGACGAAGGCAGCCUGGAUGACAGCUUCGUCGACCCCAACUUCGCCCGCACCAACAAUAAGAUAGAUAUGAGGAGCAAAGAUGAUAUAUCCUCGAGUGGAGCCUCCAAUAACUAUAAUCAGAAACCAUUCCUUAGGAUAUAGAACAUUCUGGAACUAGAUAUUAUCAGCUCUUUUCCGACACAUGUUCGCUUGAUCCCACGCUGCUUGUUUGUUGAGUUUGUCCGUACUGUGAUGAUCAACUUUGAUAUCAGAGAACUGGACAUUGUGAUGCCUAUAUCAGCAUGCUUGAAACUGAAAUGAACCGAAUGAAAUAGGAGAAUGAUUUAUUUAAGAAUAAUAUGUAAUAGUCAGGUGUAUCUUGAGUUGAGAUCAAGAUUGGACGAAAUACAGCUGGCCAUCAGUGCUCGGAUGUUUAAUUAUUGAUGUUCAAUGUUCUUUUCGACGUUUCUAUGACCUCAUCCAUUUGUUCAACAGUGGAUUUUAUCAGAUAGUUCGGUUAAUGCAUUAAAUCACACAAAUCUUUGGGGCAGGGUAGGGUGGGAAAUAAAAUGGAAAUGAUAUGGGACUGCAGCAGUUCGAUGAUAAUUUUUAAUCAAAUAAGAUUGAUUGCUCAUAGUAUUAAGCUGAAUGUUUUAAUCUAUUUUUUUUUCUUUUGAAAUUUUAAUCUUGUUUUUAAAUUUAAAGUGAAGGUUCAUGGUUUCCCCCAACACAACCCCUUAGUUACCUUAUUCGGAGAGUAGUUAAUUUUAAAUUCCUAUUAUAACUAGCGUAGAAUAAUAUAUCAUUACAAUGUGUACAUUAGAUAAUAUUCUGGAAAUAUUAUUCAAGUCACGAUCCCACCAGUGAAGCUUUUUAAGUGCUAAUUGACUACAUAGUAAAUUUUAUAUUUUACGCAAUUUUAAUGUGGACUAUAUUUAUACUGAACAUUUAUUUUACUACAAAAA